GGUUAUGCUGGAAAGAUGACUAAUAAUAUUGGACCCGAUGUCGUUAAAUACAAGGUUACAGAUAAUAGUGACGACCCCUUAAACCCUAAACCCGGAACCCUAAGAUAUGCGAUGACGCAUAUUAAAGGAAAGAUUUGGGUAACGUUUGAAAGAGACAUGAAAAUUAGGCUCCAAAAACCCCUUUUAGUUAGCAGCUUUACCACCAUUGAUGGCCGUGGAGUUAAUGUUAACAUUGCUGAUGGUGCUUGUCUAAUGCUCCAAAGGGUGACAAAUGUGAUUAUUCAUGGACUAAGAAUCCACCAUUGCAAGGCACAAACAGCAUCAACAGUCUUGGGACCUGACAGAAAAAUUGUAAAUGUUGGUCCAGUUGAUGGAGAUGCAAUUAGAAUGUUGACUUCUUCCAAGAUUUGGAUUGAUCACAACACCCUUUUUGAGAGUGAAGAUGGUUUGAUUGAUGUCACUCGUGGUUCUACAGAUAUUACUAUUUCCAACAAUUGGUUUAGGACACAAGACAAGGUUAUGUUGUUAGGUCAUGAUGAUGGAUUCCUUCGAGACAAGAACAUGAAAGUUACUGUGGCAUUCAACUAUUUUGGUCCUAAUUGCAACCAGAGAAUGCCAAGGGUUCGUCAUGGAUAUGCCCAUGUAGUUAACAAUAAAUACAAGGGAUGGGGUAACUAUGCAAUAGGAGGAAGCAUGAACCCAAGCAUAAAGAGCCAGGCCAAUUAUUUCUUUGCACCAACAGGAGGAAAGAAAGAGAUUACAUGGACAAAGGAGGGUGCAGUUGGUGAAGUGAUAGGGAAUUUCCAGUCAGUUGAAGAUGUAUUUGCGAACGGAGCGUCUUUCGUUGGAUCGGGUUCUGGUCGUGAGGCUGUGAAGCCAAACUAUACGCCGGAGCAAGCUUUUCAGGUUGAAGAUGGAAAUAAAGUCAAGGACUUGACAAGAAAUGCAGGUGCUUUAAAAUGUUCUAGCUCUUCUACCUGCUGAACAUGAAUGGCUAAUUGGAGAUAAAUGAUGAUCAAUACUAUACUAUACUGGAAAAUGGACAUGCUUGCUCCAUAUAACAUCUCUUUCUAAGAAUAAUGAAGGGAAAAUUGAUGUUGCAGUUAUAGUAGUAGUAUAGCCUGAAUGUAGUAAUAAUAUGCAAGUCAUAAGCUAUGUUGCGUGGUUCUAUUUACCAAUAUGUACUUGUUAUAGAGUGAUAGUUUGUAGUGACCCGGCAAUUUCCGACCAACAAAGGCGUGGGGCUUUUGAGCAUUGCUUGGGUCGAGUUAGGCUACCUAGUGAUCUAUAAGUACCCUAACCGCACACUUAUUACAUAUCUGUAUCCAUCCAAUCAAAGACGUCCAUGCCCUAGAAAAUCAGAUCGGCAAAAACAAGACUAGGGACCAUGCUCCCUAGUUUCUUCCUGUUAUUACUAUUAGAACACAAGCAAAGUAGCGACCCACUAAGAAAGAGCUCCCCUUUAUGUUUGGGGAGCACUCAAAUGCAAUUUCGAUUAGAUGCGGGUAUCAAAUCCUGCCAUUAAUUUAAUGAAUAGAUUAAAUUAUUUAAAAUAAAUUGAUACAUUUCAUGCAGUUUUUUCAUAAUACACGAAAAGUAGCAAAAACUUUUCCUUCUAUUAUUUUUUCUCCUAAAGGGACCUACUUCGCUCUCGCUUUCCAUAAAAGGACAUCUCCGCAGCCAAAAAUAUGUUUUGUAUCAUAAUAUAUGUGAAGUAAACAUCCAAGCUUCACGAAUCUGACACAUUUAUAUACUAGGCAAGGAAGAGUUUUGUGUAAAAAAUCCGGCAGAGAA